UUGACAACUUCAACAAUGUGACCGCCUGGCGCUCUGCCGAUAUCAUCCACUCCAUCAAACGCUUCACUUAUCAAUGGCCGGAUUUAACUUGGGAGCAUGUUCCCCGCGACUUCAACUGUGUGGCCGACAGCCUCGCCCAUUUCGGCAGCCUCAACCCACAGAUUUCUCUCUUUGCGCAGGGCCGCGAUCGCCCUCGUUGGCUUGACGACCUAUGCUCUUCUUCGAACUUCUCCUUUUAAUUUCUGUUUUUAUUUCUGUUCUGUCUUUUUUCCCUUUCCUCUAGCUACUUGUAGCUCUUUUUGCAAAAAAACACAGAGAGAGAGAGAGAGAGAGAGAGAGAGAGAGAGAGAAGAGAGAGAUGCCGCUUGGGAAGUACCACUGUGAUUACUGUGACAAGGAGUUCUUGGACACACCGCCGGCGAGGAAGCGGCACUUGCAGGGCACUCAGCACAAGCGCGCCCGUGCCCUCUGGUACGAUUCCAUCAAAGCUGAUCCAGCUGGUGGGUUUGUUUUUGUUCAAUCCCAUGGAAACAUUCCUCAGGGUGUUUGCCAUCACUUCGUUCGCACGGGAAUUUGCAAGUUUGGGGAUUCUUGCAAGUACUUUCAUCCACAACACAAUGUUCUAAACCCAGCUCAGAAGGUUGCAGGGACAAGUAUUAUGAGGACAUUACAGCCACCUGUUUUUCCUGGCAAUCAACCGCCGGGAACUAAUCUUUUGUCUGGGAAUAGCAUUGGAGAUGCCGGAAUUUCCUGGGGAAACUUGCCGCCUUCUCUGAGACCUCCUCCGGAAGGUGGUUAUCCUCCAUUGCCUUUCAUCGACUGGGGAUAACUUCUAUUCCAAUGACGUCGUUUUAUGAGUUAAUUCUUCGAAGUGUUUCCCGACAACAAUGUAAUACAAAGUUAUGAGAUGAGUAUCAUGUAAUGACAUUUACAACAUUGAGAAUCAAAUAAGAGACAAAAUCAA